GGGGCUCUCCGCGUGGAAUCAGCCCGUCAGCGGCCGGGCAGAGGCGGUCUGUGGGGCCCCGCGGACCUUGGCGACCCGCAGCGGGGACAGCGGGGCCUGGCCUUCCCGGGCGCUUCUCCCCGGCCCGCUGCCGCGGUGCAAGGUCAGGCCGUUCCUCUGGGGGAGACGCAUUCUGACCGGCGUCGCUGCUCUGAACACGGUUGUCGAAUUCCUUUUUCGUUGCACUGGCGUCGCUGCUCAGGGUCCCGCAGUUCCGGGGUGUAGCUGUUUCCUCGUCUCCUGUUGAAAUCUGACUGAGACUUCUGACUGGCGUUUCCCGCAGGAUUCAGUGCUCCCAUCCCUCCCCUCCACCCGGCGGAGCUGGAGCCCUUCACCACUGCACCUCACAGCCGGGCAACCUUAAUGGAGACAGAAGUUGAUGGUGGCCCGAGGUAUUUGUGGGUUUAAAAGAUUUGAACUGCAGCUGAAUAAAACGAGGGCUGAAAAUUGAAGGAUGGCAGCAAAUCCUUCAGGACAAGGUUUCCAGAAUAAAAAUAGGGUUGCAAUCCUGGCAGAACUAGACAAGGAGAAGAGAAAGUUACUUAUGCAAAACCAGUCUUCCACAAAUCACCCUGGAGCCAGCAUUGCACUUGCAAGAUCACCGCUGAACAAGGAUUUCCGUGAUCAUGCUGAGCAACAGCACAUCGCAGCACAGCAGAAGGCUGCACUGCAGCACGCACACGCACAUUCCUCAGGAUACUUCAUAACUCAAGACUCUGCAUUUGGAAAUCUUAUUCUUCCUGUCUUACCUCGACUUGAGGCAGAAUGAGGAAUGUUGUUUCUCAGAACUGCAAGGUCCGAUUUUUGUCCAUUGCAGGAACUGUCUGACCUUUUAAUUUCUUUACUUAUCUUAAAAGCUAUUUUUUUCUGGAUUUUUGUGGUUGCUUUUUGGGAAUGUGAGCUCUAACGAUGAAAAAGCAAUGUUGUUGAACAGCGAUUUUUAUCCUGUGUUUCUGUUCCUCUGUCAGGUCAAAGUCUGAUGUACGACUUCCUUGGUGCGUAGCGCUUGCUCUUCCCUGUUUCUGUGCUUCCUUUAAAUAAAUGUCCAAACCAGAGUCAUCAAGAGAUGCACACUCUGUCAGCAUUUGUUUCUUUUUAUUUUAUACAGUUAUUAUAUUUGACUUUAAUGAAAGACAAAAGUUAAUUUUGUCCAUCAAAACAGACGUGACUUUAUCAAAUGCAUCAGUCAGUCUUUUUCUUCGUUUUUUUUUCCUGUAUGCAGGAACAUUGCUAGUGUACUGUUUGCUGUUGUAGUAUUAUCUGGUCUCAAGUGCUUAGAUAUAGUGUGCCUGCCUCUUACUUUGUUUUGUGAAAUGUGAAAAUUAAUUAAAGUGGGGGAAAAAGCAA